AUGGCAAUGUUGCCAUCAUUCAUCACACUCCUACUCUUAGCAAUGUGGGCAUCUCAAGCCACGUCCCGCACGGGGCCGAGCUCGGGAGGGUCCAUGGUCGAGAGGCACGUGGAGUGGAUGGCACAACACGGGCGCAUCUACAAGGACAAUGAGGAGAAGGAGAGGCGGUACAAGAUCUUCGAGGCGAACGUGGAGUUCAUCGAAGAGUUCAACAAGGCGGGGAGGCGAGGAUACCGGGUCGGGAUCAAUGCAUUUGCCGAUCAAACAAAUGAGGAGUUUAAGGCAGCCAGGAAUGGACUUAGAGUGAAGAAAGAGUGUGAGGUCACAUCAUUUAAGUAUGAGAAUGUAACUUCUUUGCCUGAUAGUGUUGAUUGGAGGAAGAAAGGAGCUGUCACUCCUGUUAAAGAUCAAGGCCAAUGUGGAAGCUGUUGGGCUUUCUCGGCGAUCGCCGCGACAGAAGGGAUACACGAGCUUUCGAGGAAGAAGCUACUUGCGCUGUCGGAGCAAGAAAUUGUGGACUGUGACAGGACAAGCCAAGACAAUGGCUGUGAAGGAGGGUACAUGGAGGAUGCCUUUGCCUUCAUAAAGAAGAACAGAGGCAUUGCCACAGAAGCCGCAUACCCGUACACGGCUGAGGACGGGAACUGCAGCGCGAGCAAAGAGGCUUCCCGGGCUGCCAAGAUAUCGGGGUUCGAGAAAGUGCCCGCGAACAGCGAGGCUGCGCUGAAGAAGGCCGUGGCGCACCAGCCGGUUUCGGUGUCCAUCGAUGCAGGGGGUCUCGCCUUCCAGUUCUAUUCAAGCGGGGUGUUUGACGGGGAGUGCGGGACGGAUCUUGAUCAUGGGGUGACGGCUGUCGGGUACGGGGAGACGAGUGAUGGUACUGAGUAUUGGCUGGUGAAGAAUUCUUGGGGAAGUAGCUGGGGAGAGAUGGGGUAUGUGAGGAUGAAGAGGGAUGUUGAGGCUAAACAAGGACUUUGUGGGAUUGCUAUGGAUUCUUCAUACCCUCUUGCCUGA